AAAAGGAGUAAAAACAGGCUUAGUGCGUACGUGAUAUAAUACCGGUUGGUCGAGUUCAUGGAAAAAUCCGCAACAAUUUCGCCGAAAAGGCCGGCGGCAGCUGCAGAUGGGCAAGUAUUCGAGGGUCUGAAUAGUCGCGAGUGGAUCUAGUUGCAGAGUAAGAGCAGUGGCGCACGUACAUGGCCUUGCGCGCGUGUGCGUCCGCAAUAAUGCGCCUGUUUAUUUAUAAAAAGAGCGCGCUGGAUAUGUCGCAUGCGCCGCAUCUGCACAUUCACACUCACUCUCACGCGCGGCUGUCCGCCGCCCCAGCUCACUCGGAUUUUCCAGUCGCAAUCCAGAUAUACGCCGGCUCGCAGUAUCCGCGCACGUCUUUUACGCGCUUUUGCCGAUAGUUUUAGAAGCUGCCCGCUUGCGAGAUUCUGCCGUUUAGUUUUUCGCUUCGAUGCUUUUGAUCGUAGCAGCGUUUUCGCCUUUUCAAUUUUAUUAUCGAGUUAUUGAUUUUAUUUCAACUAAAAAUAAAGACAACGAGUUUGGCUCCACGUGAUUCCAUAUACAUACCCGUGAAGCAGUUUUAUCUUUCAACAUUUUAAGAGGCAACAAGUUGAAAGAUUCACUUGCCGCGAAAAACCAGCCCUACCCGUUUUCACCAUGGAAAGUGGUCUUUCGCAAUUAAGUUUACGUAAACAAUGAAUAAAACGGAAUCCUAUUUUUUGAUGUGCAUGUUGUCCAAUUAGUCACGUGGUCCACUUUGAAGCUGGCCAAUGUCAAGAAAACAGAGCGGGACAAACUUCAAUUGUUUACAAAGCACGCAAUAGCAGGAGAACAACCGUUGCCGCGGUUGUGGUUGAAGCGGUCCGAAAUCGCUCGAUCCUGCAGAUCUUUGAAGAGGCUGCAGUGAUUCACCUAUUAUUCAUCAACAACACAAGCGGGCAUAACAACCAGCUGCCCACUCCUUGCCCCUUACCUAUGAAGCGGCGAGAUCUCGUCUUCGGAAUCCUGUUUGAAUGAACUGUCUUUCUCCUCGGUAUCGCAGGCUUCGCCCUUGAACGAGAAAUAUGACAUUUCUGCAACCACAAUCUUAGAAAAAAAUUGUGCGCUUCCUACACGACGUUCUCUAAUCUUAUGGUUGCAAGAUUUUUCCUUCAACGCUAUGUCUACGAUUGGUAAAGAGUCUGUCGUCAAGAGCCUUCCCAACGUUUCUUCCAUCAAGAUUUUACCAGCCCAGAUCGCUCGUUUGAAAAAAGAGGAAGAGGACGAACCGUGGAUAUCCGGUGAAGAGUUAUACACGGAAGGCAGUAGCGACGAAGAGAGUUGUUACAAAAGUACGUUGUCCGAUAAAACCUCGGGAGAAUCGACAUUGUCCAUACCAAAAAUCCAUCGGCCUAGAAGCAAAGUCGAUAAAAAGAAAAAAAUCAGUAGCCCACUGAAUAUACACAAUCACAAUACUUUAAGUGUGCAAUUCGAAGGAUCGAGCUCGAAAGGACGAAAUUCACCAAUAAGCAGCGUUAGUGACGAGGACGAGGAGUCUCGCGCCGAUGAUGAAAUAUCGUGGAAGGCUAACCGAGAAAACUUGUUAUUGCUAAAUGAAAUCGUAACGCUUGAAAAGCACCAACAAGAAUAUCCAAAAAUAUGUGAUACAGUUGACCAAUUAUUCAAAAAUUAUUUUGAAAAAUUUAACAAUUUUGAAAGAAUCAACAGUGAACAUUUUGUAAGACAAAACAAAAUAUUACAAGAAGAAGUAAAGUCAAGCUUAACAUUAGUUGAUACAGUAAUUAAUGAAAUACAAGAAAAAAUUGAGAAGAUCCAAAAAAAAACCAAACAUAUACAAAUCCAAAAUCGGUUGAGAUUAAAAAAAAUCAUAGCAGAAGGUCCACCCGAGUCGCAGAAAUUAGCUCUAAAUUCAAAAAAAUUCUUUGAACUUUGUACAAAAUGAAGCUGAUUUUGUAUU